CAGCGUGACGUCACAAAGGGGCGGGGCGGGCCGAGGGUCCUGCCGGCGCGCGGGCGUGUUCAUCAGUCGCUGUUUGGGACGCUGGGCGUGCGGUGUUCUGUCUCCGCUCCCGUUUCGCUGUCACAACCCGUUCCUUCCCGGAGCCCGGGACAGGCUGGGCGCGCGCCCGUGACGCGUGACCAAAACCAAAGACGGCCAUGAAGUGAGAUCGUGCAAAGUAGCAGAUAAAACGGGCAGCAUCACUAUUUCCGUGUGGGAUGAGAUCGGAGGUCUUAUACAGCCAGGGGAUAUUAUUCGGUUGACCAGAGGGUAUGCAUCCAUGUGGAAAGGAUGUCUGACACUUUAUACUGGAAGGGGUGGUGAACUUCAAAAAAUUGGGGAAUUUUGUAUGGUUUAUUCAGAAGUGCCAAAUUUCAGUGAACCCAACCCAGAUUAUCGAGGACAGCAGAACAAAGGGGCACAGAGUGAACAGAAGAAUAAUUCCACGAAUAAUAAUAUGGGUACAGGUACAUUUGGACCAGUGGGAAAUGGUGUUUACACUGGCCCUGAAUCAAGGGGACACCAGUUUUCACAUGCUGGCAGAAGCAAUGGCCGGGGACCUAUAAAUCCACAACUCCAAGGAACCGCUAGUAAUCAAACAGUGAUGACCACAAUCAGUAAUGGCAGGGACCCUCGGAGAGCCUUUAAAAGAUGACCUAUGCUAAAUACUCACGUGUAGUUUUUAUACUACAUGCCCUACUUGAACACUUACUGCACUUUUAUUUAUUGUUAACUGUGAAAAGUAUGUCCUUUAUUGGGUUUCCUUUUAUAUUCUUGGUUUAUUAAGAAGAAUGGUUUGUUUUUAUAGCAAAACUGUUAAGCUGCUCAAGUCUCCUGUUGAAGAAUGGGAACACUGAAAAGUAGGGGCAUUUAUUUUUAGAGCAAAAAGAUUAUUGGAUAGCCUCUAAAAAACCUGCACCUAUUUCAUGGGUGAGUUACAUCAGCUUUAUAGCCUCUAUGAGUCUAUCUUCUGUAUAAGUUUUGUAAUAUUUAACAUAAGGCUUAAUGGGAGAUGUUCUUUUGUCUUGUAUUCAGAUAUUGCCAACUAAAGCAAUAACUAUCAAAAAACACAAGAACUUGUCAAUGCUAGCAGUAAUUUUUGAGUGUUUGUGGCUCUCAGAAUGAUUGACUUUGUUGAGUGACUACCAUUGAGAUUUUCCAAGGACUGACUCAUCUCAAAUUUUUGUUGUAUUACCAGAAAAACAGAUUCCUUAUCAGAAUUUGGAAUAGAAUGUAAUCUAUAUUUCAACAAGUAAUUUUAAAAGAAAGCUACAUUUAUUUUAGAGUAGUGCUCCUAACAUGUAUUAUCAACUUUGUGGAUUACAUUGGAGGAAAAUUUAAAAGUGGGGCCUUGAAUAUUUAUUUUUUGCAACUACCAUGUUAAAUACUGAAGUAUAAUUUGAGAGAGUUAUAACGUUAUAAUAAACAUUGAUCUGAUUAUUUAAAAAAAAUUGUAAAUAUACUGGAGGUGAGUCAAAUUGAAUUAUAUAGUAACAUGCAGUCUUAAGUCCUCGUUACUUAACAGGUACUCAGCCUGGAGUGAAAAUCCUGGGUACUAACUUUGAGAGGGGUGAGUGUGCAUGUUGUCAAAGUUUCUGAACACAGUUCAUGUAGCCUUAUUAGCAAAAGUUUUAAGAAAUGGCUCUAUCAAAGAAGCAAUUACAGCUUUAUUCAGAAAUGUAAAGGUGGAAUUUAUGUACAUGUUGUAAGUGGUACCCACUUCCCCUUUUUACUGUAGGGUGGAUAAACUCUUAGGUUUAACUCUUUGAAUAUUAUCUCUUGAAUAAAGCGUGUGUUAAUGUUAACAAAUGUACCUAAUUUUUGCUCUUUCAAUGACUUACAGUGGAGAGCCAGUACAUCUUAACUACUACUGUUGUAGUGAUGGUAUCAACCUUAUGGCUACUUAGCUCUGCAUUUGUUGCUUUGUUUUUUUUCCACUUCAAAUCACAAAAUAAGUAGAUUUUGUUUUCUGAAAACUCCAUAGCAUUUGAAUACAAAAGGUUGUGCCAGUUUAUCCUACUUCAGUGUGUUUAACAAAUAUUUCAGUACACAGUAUGUGUUAGGCACUGUGUGGAAAGUGUUAAGGGUUAGACAAAAUCCCGAAUAAUCUCCACAAGUUUAUUUGUCUUCUAUAGUACUUUUUUAACUGAGAUUACAAAAAUUAUAGAAAUUUUGUUCCUUUAUUCAUAUGCAUAUUCAUGAUUAUAAUUUGGCUUUGUUUGUGAUUAAUGUUUUCAUAAGAUUUUCACAUUACAGAAUACCUCAGAAGAAGUUGUCUAAGGAUUGGGAUAGAGAAUAUGUUUCUUAAAAUUGUGGAUGUUUAGAAUUUUUAAAAAACAAAUUAGUAUAUGAUUGUUUUAUAUAAGUAAGAUAGGAGCAACACUUUAAAUUAUUUGUAGGAGGAUGUGGCAUUAAAGGUGAUUUUAAAAGAAAAGAUUUUGGAGUUUUAGAAAAUUUAAUACUGUCAGGUAUGGAAUGCUGGGCUUCCAAUCCUGGCUUCAUUGUCUCGUCACCUGUGAUGUUGGGUGAGUUUUAUUAACACUUGAAAUGUCUCUAAGCCUUAGGUUCCACAACUAUGAAAACAAGUAAGUAUCAGUAUCCUUUCUAGACUUGUUUAAGAUUUCCAUGUAAGUAAUUAUAAUGACUUGCGACACAUAAUAAUGUCGUCUUAUACCCCAACAGUAGGAAAAAAAUGCAGAAUUCAGUAUGAAAGUAUUGUUACCCUGUAAUACAGUGGUCCCCAACCUUUUUGGCACCAGGGACCAGUUUCCUGGAAGACAGUUUUUCCAUGGGAUGGGGGGGAUGGUUUUGGAAUGAAACUGUUUCACUUCGGGUUAUCAGUCAUUAGUUAGAUUCGCAUAAGGAGCGUGCAACCUGAAUCCGUUGCACACGCAGUUCACAAUAGGGUUCAUGCUCCUAUGGGAAUCUAAUGCCACCACUAAUCUGACAGGAGGCAGAGCUCGGUUAGGCUCCCUCGCCUGCCACUCAGCUCCUGCUGGGUGUUCCUGUUCCUAGCAGGCCAGAGUUGAUACUGAUCUAGCGGUUGUGAACCCCUGUUUAACAAGUUGAGAUUAAAUGGAGAAAGACCUAAGCUUUUACUUCUGUGAUUGACACUUGCUUCAAUAAUGUAACCUUGUUCUGUGUUUUUAUCAUUUAUUAACAGAUUUCUUUUUUCUUAAGGGAAGCCUCCAAAAGCAAAGCAAAGUGAGUUACAAUCCAUAAUGAAUAUUUGCCUUACCAGCCUACUGGAACACACUCAUCAAGAAGUUAAGAGGAAGAAAGUUUUCUACCUUCCUCCUUCCUGGUGCUCUCAGCUAUCAACUUUGAAAUAAGUUUAAACAACACCUACUGAAAACAAAAACCACUCAGUAUAAAAAUAUCCCUCACCAGAAUUGGGUCCCCCAUAUCGUUUCUACAAAACGGUUCUGGAGUGGAUCAAAGUCUCAUCAGAUCAGCUUGCCCCUUCUUGUUUGGGCAGGUUCUAGGAGAAGUUGCUCUAAUACAGAAACUGAAAGAUAAAAUCCAUAAAGCCAGAUAAUGAUAUUUAGUGGGGAAGGCUAUAGUGUGCUUUCCCAUAGGCAUUUAAACACUCAGUUUUUCCUAGUGUACCAAUGCUUUAUACUUUGUCCCUAUAGCCUUUGUAAUUUUAACUUUGAUGACAGUUUAACUUGAGGAUAACCUGAAUAUGUAUAGUAGUGUUUGUCAUUUGUAUUUUUAUCAUUUAACAUUUUAAAUGAAUGUUUAAUUUGCUGGGUUGAGUAAUGCCAAGGGAAUGAUGCUAAAAACAAAUAGAUGUGAGGUUAGUAAAAGAUUGAAGUUACAAUUUAUGAUAGGAGAACUUCUAAAGUAUAGGAAAGUAGGUAAAUGGCCUUAAAAAGUUUUCUCAGAAGGUACAAGUUUUACAUCAGUCUGCGGACAUAUAGCGCUUAACAUUUCAGUUUAGUUACUGAAAUGACAUUUUCUGGUGUCAUUAACAUACUGGCUGUUUGCUCCAAGCCAUUUUAGGCUGAGAAUGACUCUUAAGUUCUUCUAAGUUCUUCUAAUGAAUUUCAAAGGGUUCUAGAAACAGCAAACUGAACAUGAUAUGAAAUAGUAACAACAUGGAAUGCCCCCAAAUUCCUCUAACCUGAGUUUACUUGCCCUAUUACUCCUUUUUUUUUUUUUUUUUUUUUUUUUUUUUUUUUUUUUUAAAGAUCUGUCUCUUGUCUUUGUUUUAUCCCUUACCUGAUGAAAGUCUGAACAUUUCUAGUGGAGAAAGAAGAUCACAGUUCUCUAGUAUGGGCAUUAAGAGAGGGGUACAGGUAGGGAUAGAGGUGAAAACCUGCCUCCACUGGGGUGAUAACCAGUGUGCUGAGGUUUCAGCCAGUGAUUACACUGGGUAAUUAACCAGUCCCAUAUUUCACAAAGGAGUUGUAAUGAUUAACAGUUCAGGUAUGCUUCUGAGGAAAUCUAAUUGCGACCUUUGGAAAAUAGCACUGUUAUGAAUGGUGUGGUGUUACGCCCUGAGGGAAAAGCUAGAAAAACAUUUUACUUUUCAGGUAUAUUUAAAUUAUAUCCAAAUGUCUCACAGUUUGCUUUACUGGGGACUGCCUGAGUUUGGAAUUCAAAUACUGUAACCAAAUUACUCCACGUUUCUGAACUAAAAUGAUCUAUUGAUGUUUCUCAAAGUAUAGAUCACAGAUAGGAAAAGAGGAAAUCAAGUCUGGUUUAUGACAAACGUUUUUCCAUGUUAACAUUAGACCCAAAGAUGUUACUAAGGGCUUUUUACUACUGUGAGAUAACCAGCAUGAUGUGAAGACAACGAACAUUUUAAGAAGUUUGACUAGUAGAUGUUUCUUUUAAGUCUUUUGGAGGGUCUUGGUCGACGACCCACAAUUUUAUUGUGGCUCCCCAGGAUUUGAGAACAUGUGGGCUUGGAUGAUCACUGUUGACCUAUGAAAGAGCACAGGUCUCUUGAGAGUUUAUUGACACAACUACUGAUUACACCCCCACAAUAUGUCUCAACCUCUGUUGAAGGGCUAUUGAUAUUUUUAAAAACGUUACUUCCAAUCAGAAAUUCAAGUAAGUUUUAUGUCUUCUACUCCAUCAAAAUUUAUGUUUCUCAGCAUAGGGUAGUCUAGUUUCUUGGUUUGUAUAUUAAAUAGAUAUUGAGUAAAAUUCUUAAUGAUUUAGAAACCAUCUACAUGAGGCUUCCCAGGAACUUGUUAAAAGUACAGGUUGUUAAAAAGUACAGGUCUGCAUUACUAGAAUAACAUCAGUACAUUUGGGAGAUCUGCACUUGAAACCCUGCGGUUGCCUGCUUCCUGCCCUUGAGAUCUCCCUUUGUAUUGAAAUUAUAUAUAUACACACAUAUAUAUAUUUUCUCAGUUUCUUUUACCUUUGUGAGGCUAAUAUAUGCUGAAGUUUUGGAUUAUAAAACAAAAAAUUGUACUUAAAAGAAUGUGCCUCCAGAGGGCAGAAUUGUUGGGUAAAGCAUAUAGCCCUGAGCAGAAUAAGAGGUUUAGUAUGGCCUCUGAUUGUGGGCAUUGCAAAUUUUGAAUAAGGUUCAAAUAAAAUUAUCUAAAUUAUAUAUCAAUGUGAGGAUCAGAUAUUAAUAGGGAGGUUACAUGACUUGAGCCUAUCUAGAUAAAAGUAAAAUGCUUUUUUUGCCCUAAGGUUUUGAAAAUUUAGAGUUUAUUGUUGCUCAUCUCAGCAAAUUCAUGUUAUCGGUAUCCUCUGCCUUCCUCCUGUCCCUCAAUUCCCUACUUUACUAUAUGAAAGAAGGCUGGCCAAAUUGAAAAGUAGUUGAGUUGGAGACUUGAUAAAUACUUUUGAAAAUACAGAAACCACCCUUCAUCUUCCACGUAAAGAUCUCCUGUUCUGUACAGAGAGGCAACUACAAUGAAUAUUUUCUGCAAGUAACAUGGAAAUCAUGAUUUGAUUGCCAUGUUUUUCUAAUCUUCAGUAUCAAAUGUUUAUAGCCCUGGUAGGAAACAAACUUCUGACCUAAGUUGCUGGACUACUUGAAUAAAAAGGUAGUCAGCACAGCUAGUGCCAUCUACUGGGUCAUUAAUGCAUAGUUUCUGUCUGUUAAGAAAUCUGGCUUAGUUUAACACGUGGGGGAAAUGGUUCUGUUCCAUUGAAUAGCAAUUUUUGCGUGAUGGUGGUGUAAGCAUGAUAUGGAAAAUCAUUAAGGGGCACCUGGGCCAUUUGUUUUGUUUAUGAACAAUCAACACUGACAUUAAAUUUCAGUUAAGUA